AUGGCGGCACAAACAAGCACCAGCGGCGCGCCGGCGUCGUCCGCUGCCGCCCGGCCGCCGUAUCCUCCCCACGACCUCACCUCCGACGACGAGGCCAAGGUCGCCGCCGAACAGUCCAUGUACCCCGACCACGACGACGUCCAGGCCGUGCUGCAGCCGGCCAUGAGCCGCGCCGCCAGCCACCUCACCUCGAUCCACACGCCCGCCGUCGAAAAGGUCGCCGCCAUGGAGCGCAUGACGGGCUUCUUUGACGGGCCCUCCGUCGCCGAAGACUCCAACGACGACGACGCCUUUACCACGCCCAAGCAGCGGCCCUCGACGCCCAAGGCCGGUGGCACCGCCGCGGCCGAUCGCAAGAGCUCCCCGCUCGCCGUGCCCAGGCCCUUCAACUCCCAGGACGUGUACAGUAAAACCAAUCGCGCCCAGCAGACAAAGGGCGUCCUGGGCUCGGCCCUGGGGCCCACGCGCCACCAGAGAUCCGGAUCGGCCGGCCAGGAGGCGUUUAAGCGCUUCCAAAAGGUGCUGCCCUCGUUUGGCUCCUCGUCCAGCUUCCUGCCGUCUCUGCCGACCAGGUACUUCAACAACCUCGCCGACUCCAUGCCCAGCAUCAGCAUCGGCGGCCACACCAAAAACGCAAAGUCCGAGACGACAACAGAUGCGUCGCCGCCACCCGCCAUCAAACGGCUGCACGCGCAGGCAACCAUGCCCAACAUGGACCCUCGCGAAAGCUCCGAGUCGUCGUCAUCCCGCUUACACCCACCCCGGUCGGGCUCUCUCCGCCGCACCACCUCGGACGAGAGCAUCCUCUACCACUCCCUCUCGCGACAGUCUUCCCUCGGCGACGACGACCGCUUCCACGACGUCCGCGAAAUGGUCAACAUGCGACUGCUGGCCUUCAAAGACAGCCUGCCCGAUGUGCCCAACUUCAAGAUGCCCUCCCUCGCCAAGCUGCAGGCCACCGCGCGCCGCUCCCAGCUCUCCCUCAACGGCAUCUUCUCCAGCGACUCCAACGUCGACGUCCAGUCGCGCGACCUCCCCCGCGAGCCCAGUGCCACCGCUACCACGACCACUACUUUCGACCAGGACGCGAAGCCAAGAGAUGCCUUUGACGACAUGCUGCAGGACCUCACCGGCGACGUGGUCAUUCUGGGAGGCUAUCGCGGAUCUGUCCUGCGGUCCGCCGAGCCGCCGCAUCACCAGCUCUGGGCCCCCGUGAAGCUCGGCCUCAACCUCCGCAAGGCCGAUCUCGAAGUCGGCCUGAAUGACGAGGACGAAGAGACGAUGCCGGAGCGCAUCAUCCCCUCGGGCAUGCUCAAGAACAUUGGCCCCAUUGACGUGUCCCGCAAGCUCUUCCGCAAGCUCCAGGCCUCGCCCAACGCCCAAUCCGGCCGCUUGCGCGUGUGGGACUUUGGAUACGACUGGCGGCUCAGCCCGCGACGGCUCUCCAAGCACCUGCAGGACUUUCUCGCCACGCUGCCCUCCAACCAGCCAUCAUCCUCUCCAUCCCGGGGCGCCAUCGUCAUCGCCCACAGCCUCGGCGGGCUCAUCACGCGACACGCCGUCAACCAGCGGCCCGACCUCUUCGCGGGCGUCCUGUACGCCGGCGUGCCGCAGCAGUGCAUGAACAUUCUCGGCCCGCUGCGCAACGGCGACGCCGUCCUCUUCAACGAGAAGCUGCUCACCGCGCGCGUCAACUUUUCCAUCCGCACCAGCUUCGCGCUCCUCCCCGAGGACUCGUUCUGCUUCGUCGACAAGGUGUCGGGCGAGCCGUACCUCGUCGACUUUCUCGACCCCAUGAGCUGGGUCCGCCACCGUCUGAGCCCCUGCAUCGAGGCGCCGCUCCCCGCGCUCAACAAGUCGCCCACCUCGUCGUCGUCCUUUGCCUCAUUCCUGCCUCAUUCCUUCUUGCGCCCGCGCAGCGACAGCAAGGGCGGCGACCGCAAGGAAAACGAACUGGACCCCGCCGUGCCGUCCAUGACCACGACGGCCACCUCGCCGCCCGUCGACCGCACCUCGUCUCCCGCGUCCGAGGCUCACCACUCCUCCUCCUCAACCAUCACCGAGGAGGCCUGGCUCGCGUCCGUCGACGACGACCGCCGCCGCAACUACGCCUACCUCAAGCGCACCCUCGCCGACAUGCGGCGGUUCCGCGCCGAGAUGCGCCACGACGCCCGCCACCAGGCCGCCAACGCCUACCCGCCGCUCGCCGUCCUCUACGGCAAGACCAUCCCCACCGUGUGCGCCGCGGGCGUCGCCGGCCCCGCCGGCAUCGCCUGCGCCGACGCCUACGACGACCUCGUCUUUCGCUCCGGCGACGGCGUCGCCCUCGCCAAGGAGGCCAUGCUGCCCGAGGGCUACGCGCUCGUCCGCGGCGGCCGCGUCAGCACCGAGCGCGGCCACAUCACCCUGCUCGGAGACAUGCCCGCGCUGGGGAGGGCGCUGAAGGCGCUGAUACGAGGACGCAGAAAGGGCAUCGGCCUCGGCACCGGUGCGCGUAGACAGGAUUCGCCGUGA